UAUACAUCGCUCAUGGCCACCGACUGCGGUAAAGACUCUCCAAUCUGCAAGUCUUGGUAUGUGGAGACCGCGUCUAGUGUCUUUCCUCCGGGUCUAGGGAGCGUGGCAUCCGGUUAGUAUUGCUAUGCUGCCGUGAAAAAACCGAAAGGCUCAGUCAUAAGAGACAUAAACUGCAGCAUACCGAUCCUGCUCCACUGUCCAUACAUCGAGCAACUCGUUCUCUAUCACGAGGACUUGUGUUGCCAUGAUGUCGGACAUUGAGAAGCACCCAGACGCUCAACCGGAAUUGAUCGCCUCGGGCGAUGACAACACCCUCAAGACAAUCGACACCGUCCAUCAGGAUGAGGCCAUGCACGUACUCGCUACCUACCAGGGUCCUGAAGAAUGGACUGAGCAGGAGGAGAAGGAUGUGAGGAGAAGGAUCGACCUUCGUCUAAUGCCAGUGCUCUGCAUCACCUACGGUCUUCAAUACUACGACAAAACCAUGCUUUCGCAAGCAGCUUUGUUUGGACUGCGCGAUGAUCUGCACCUACGAACAGGUAACAGAUACUCAAUGUCUGCAGCCAUCUUUUACCUUGGAUUCAUCGUUGGGGCGUAUCCUGCCAUGUACCUUGCUCAACGCUUUCCCGUUGAGCGGGUUGCGUCAGGAAUUGUGACCGUUUGGGGAAUCUGCGUGAUCUUGACAGUCGUCUGUAGCGACUACAAGGGGCUCUACGCCCAGCGCUUCUUCCUUGGUGUCUUGGAGAGUGGAGUCAGUCCCAUGUUUAUGAUUAUUGUUGGCUCCUUCUACCAGAAGGACGAACAAGCCUUCAGGAUGGGUGUCUGGUACUCCUUCGGCGGCUUCACAGCAAUUAUCUCCCCUGUUCUGAACUACGCUUUCGGUCGUGCUGAAAGCUCGUUGGCCAAUUGGAAAUUGAUGUACCUCUUCGCUGGCACAAUCACCAUCGUCUGGGGCGUGGCUCUAUGGUGGAUCCUCCCUCCAGACCCAGUGCGAGCCAGGGGUUUCAGUGAUCGGCAACGAUACAUCUCUGUCGCUCGACUUCGCUCUAACAACUCCGGUGUUCGCAACAUGCAUUUCAAAGGCUCACAAGUCCUGGAGCUCCUACGAGACGAGAAGUUCUGGCUCGUGUUUGCCAUUGCCUUCCUCUCCAUGAUUGCGAAUGGUCCGAUUGCAAAUUUUACUCCCAUCAUCAUUAACUCCUUCGGCUUCACCACGCUCAACUCGCUCCUCCUAACAAUGCCAGCUGGUGCCUACGCCGGUUCCCUCCAGCUCAUCGUCCCAUGGCUCUGUUUCAAGUACACCGGAAUUCGCACUUAUGCCAUCUUUCUCUGUCAGAUGGGUGCUACGCUCGCCGCGCUGCUCCUUUGGCUGCUCCCCCGAAGCCAGACAGGUGCCCUUCUUUUCGCAUGCUACAUCCUGCCCUCAGUCGGCGGCGGUUACGCUGUGGUAAUGGGCCUAUCACUUGCUAAUACUGCUGGUUAUACCAAGAGAACCAUGCUUUCGGCCGGUAUCUACAUAGGAAACUGUCUGGGCAACUUUGUUGGUCCGCUCGUGUUCAGGCCUGAGGAUGCGCCGCGCUAUCAGCCUGGUUUUAUUGUCACUUUUGUGACUGCUGCUAUAGCUGGUCUUCUUGCAUUAGUGUACCGUUACCGGUGCGUCGUGGACAACAAGAAGCGCGACAAAACUGGCACACUUGAGGGAUUCGAACAUGCUUAUGAAGAUGACCUGACAGAUCGCAAGAACCCUCAAUUCAGAUACGUCCUUUAGAUUUUCCGAUGCGGAGAAAAUUAUGUAGCUCAUCUAAGAGCAACUCGUCAGAUAACAAUCUUACAUUGUUCCAGUACCAACCGCUAAGAUUACAGCUGUGACUCC